AUGACCCCGGGUGAGGCAGUACGAAAGCUCGGUCUACUAGAGUGGCAGAGAAGCCGACCCAUAUCUCGUCUUGCUGCGAAUCGCAAAGCUGACACCAAUGAAAUGGGCGCAUUCUCCGGAGAGGCAUACAGCAAGUGGUUCGAAAGUAUGAUCCAAUUGCACCAGAAGGAGGGUAUUGCCCGAUACUUCCAUUUCAUCAUGCAGGUCGACGUGACGGAUCAGCUCGAGCAUAUCACUGUUCCAACGCUGGUCAUUGCGCCAAAGAACAGCAUGGCUAGUCCAGUAAGCCUGAACAAACAUAUCGCGUCAGAAAUCCACACAUCCCGCCUGGUCAUUAUCGACAGCGUUGGGCAUAUGGUGUACAUGGACCAACCGCAGGCAACGUGCGAUGCACUACUGCAAUGGCUGCAAGAUGUCAAGUCGCAGCGCGUUUGA